AUGGGAAAGAAAGGGAAGUGGCUCGGUGCUGUCAAGAAGGUCUUCAGCCCUGAAUCAAAGGAGAAGAGCGAUCAGGUUCACUAUGCUUUCUAAUCUUUUUUUAUUUUUUGUUUAAUCUGUAUUACUUCAUUUUAUCUGCAGUGAUCUCUCUCUCUGAUAUGAGUUCUCACAUUUAUCAAUUGGUUUCUGUCAGAAAACCCACAAAUCCGAGAAGAAAUGGAGUUUUGGGAAAUCAAAGCAGCCGGAGUCGGAUUCUUCCCCUUUGGAAGCAUCUGAGGCUCCUGUUGCAGAUCCUCCGCCUCCAAUUUCUCAUGAUGAAGCCAAGCAGACAGAGGGGGAGAGCAACCGUGCGCAGUCUGUUGAACUCACUACCGUAGAAGUAUCUGAGCCUGCUGAGGUAGCCACCGAGGCAUCUGCUGUGGUUGUUCCUCUCACGGGAGAUGCCAGAAGGUUCCCCGGCAGGUCAACUGAAGAGAUUGCGGCGAUCAAGAUCCAGACGGCAUUCAGAGGAUAUCUGGUACAGUUUACACCCUAGUUUAGCUUUUGGAAAAGCAUCCUUGAAUGCAUCUCAGUCCCAUUUGGGAAUCUUGCGAAUAAGCAAUAGGCUCUUGAUCACUUGCAGAAAAAAAACUCAUCCAUCUUAAAGCAUCACUCAUCACCAUUCUUCUGUGAUUCUGCUCCUAAUUUAUGAUGAUUCCAUGAAUCAGAGGCCCACUCUUGAUGAUCAUGCUCUUGACUAUAUUUGUUAACUGGGAUCUGGCCUCCCCAUGGUGCUCUGGUCAUGCCUAACCACUCAAAGAAUGAAUGUGAUGUCCAUCCUGUUCCAGAAAAUCCUUCAUCGUAAUCACCUUUCCGCAAAAGCUUACCUCUUCUCCAUCAUUUUAAGCUGAAGUUGACCUUCUCCUUCUUUCCUCAGAGCCAUUAGUAGGCUCAUCCAAUCCGGGGCAGGGAAAGAGUUGGCGCCUUAUGAGCCUAAAAAAAUGGUAGCCAACUUGAAUGUUCCUAAGCUCAACCAUGUGGCAUAAACAGUUAUAGUUGCAUUGAUUUUCCUGGCAAGCGGAGGCUAGUUCUUGACCUUCCCAUUUGGUCUGCACUUACCUUGUUCAACCCUCAGGCAAGGAGAGCAUUGCGAGCAUUGAAAGGAUUGGUCAGGUUGAAGUCACUUUUGCACAGCAAUGCUGUCAAGCGUCAAUCUGCAGCCACAUUACGCUGUAUGCAGACUCUCUCUAAAGUCCAAUCUCAGAUCCGCACCACGAGGAUCAGGAUGACAGAGGAGAACCAGGCUCUCCAGAGACAGUUGCAGCUGAAGCGUGAGAAAGAGCUUGAGGCUUUAAGGGCAUCUGUAAGUCGCCUUCUAUUCGCUUAUUAUAUUUAUGGCAUGUGGACUGUGGGCCUUCUAUUCGCUUAUAAUCUGAAGCUGCUUCCAAGCCUGUAGGAACUUUCACUAGUCGUUAGAUUUAUUUCUGUCAAGUCCUAAUAUGCCGCAACUUUGGUUUCUGAUGGGUGUAAACCAAUCCAAGCAUGAACACAGUUUCAUUAAUAGUUCGUUGAGAUCUUUUUACCACAGACCGGUGAAAUAGAUUGUGGCUAUUCUGAGAACCCUGCGUCUGACUUUUGCAACAGAUGGGAGAGGACUGGGAUGACAGUCUGCAGUCCAAAGAGCAGCUCGAAGCAAGUUUAUUGAACAAGCACGAGGCCGCCAUAAGAAGAGAAAGGGCACUGGCAUACGCGUUUUCUCGCCAGGUACAAGGGGAUGCAUUUUCUCUCUCUAAAUCUCAUAGCUGAUGUAGUUAGUUUGCUAUUUCGUCCAAGUUUACCCACCCCACCUUCAGUGGAUACAAAUGGAAAAUUUUCUUGACUUUUGUUGGGCAGUGGAAGAACUCAUCGAGGUCGGUGAACACGCUGUUUACCGACCCGAGCAAUCCACACUGGGGUUGGAGCUGGUUAGAACGCUGGAUGGCAGCCAAAUCCUGGGAGACACGGAGCACAGCGGGGAAAGAGCUCAACAACGACAACGCCUCCAUUAAAAGUGCUUCUACCCGCAUUGCCGUUGAUGGAGAAGCGAAGAAGCCUCUCCCUCACAGAGACAUCAAUCUCGACAAGCCCUCACCCACCACGGCCCAGAGACUGAACAAACCGCUCAGCCGCCAGUCCCCCUCCACUCCGCUCUCCAAGGCCUCCUCUUUUGCGGGGAAGAUCAAGCCGCCCAGCCCAGGCGGGGCCCAUGGGCCCGCAGAAGAUGACGCCAGGAGCCAGGUCAGCAUCCAUUCAGAGAGGGCUCGUCGUCACAGCAUAGCUGGGUCCUCGGUGAGGGACGAUGAGAGCCUGGGGGGCUCCCCUGCCAUCCCCAGCUACAUGGCUGCCACACAGUCAGCAAGGGCCAAGCUGCAGUCACAGAGCCCGUUGACCGAGAGGCUCGAAACUCCUGAGAAGGCGUCUCUGGGCUCGGCGAAGAAACGACUCUCGUUCUCUUCUAGGGAUAAGAAAAACUCCUCACCGGCUAUAGCAAGGCGCCACUCGGGGCCCCCGAAGGUAGACCUCAGCUCAGUGAGGGCCCCACCCCUCCCCUCCUGA